CAUCCCAUCCAUGGAAUCGUCCGAGGAAUUUGAUCUCAAAAGCACACAUCUGUUCGCAUUAAAGGUGGUGGAGAGCUUAAACGAUUUGAGGAAUUUGAGUGCAACCUAACAUUUUUCGUGUAAUCACGUGUUCUUGGAAAAAAUAGUCAUUUUUAACUUCGUCUUUAGCAAGCGGUAGUCUCGAGGAAGGGAAGAAGCGAGAAUCAGCUGUUAAGAUGGGAAUGACGAGUGGCCAUGCUAUCGCUGCCAUUACUAUCGGUACUCUGCAGUCGUUGUUUUCCGUUAUUUUGAUCAUUACUUCUUUCGUUCUUUUGAGUUAUGGCCACGGCGUCAAAACAUCCAUAACUCCAUAUUGGAGUGGGUUUCCGUUCUUUAUCUGUGGAAUUUUUGGCUUUGCUGGAGGUGUUACCAAGAAGCAUUGUUGUAUGGUUACAUUUUUGGUCUUCAGCAUUAUUACCGCAAUCAUUUCUGCGGCAGCAUCCAUUACUGUCACUUUAGCUCUGUCCUACUGGGAUAUUGCAGUUGACCUUUCGGACUGUACCACUUUGGGAGGGUCUUGCUAUUGUCUCGAUGGCAUCAGUUAUGGAGUGGAUGACUGCUCCUACCUGAAGAGCAUCAGAACUGUGAUUAUUGUGGUCAUGUUUGUCUGCUACAUCUCCUUUGCUUUGGCUGUGACUGGAUCAAUUUUGGGCUGUAUUACAAUUUGCUAUGCCCCACCUGAUCCCCCCAUGAUGGUUAUUGCUCAGCCAACAAUGGCCCCCACUGGCAUGGUGGUCUCUCAUUCAUCCAUGCAGGUUAGCGGAGGGGCUCCAAUGGCUUACUGCCAGGGUGCUUACUCUCUGGGUGCUUACCCCCAGGGUACUUCUGCUGGACAGGCCAUGUUCACAGAACAAACAGCAGAGACUCAUGACAAGGCUUCCUUAUUUGUGUAAACUGUCAUCACAGUUUAUUAUGUUAGUUUUGAUAUUUCCUUUUUACUAGAUUAUAGUCGUUGUAAGUUUCAGGGCAUAAUUGGCAUCUAACUCAGUGUGCAGUCAUAAACUAAAGAAUUAGAGCCCCAUUUUAUCUUUUUUGCAAAGGAAAAUUAAUUCAAAAUAUUUUUUUUUAUCAAUAAUGAUUCCAGUUCGUUACCAGUUAAGUGCCACGUGG